AUGCAGAACAAACUUAUCGCUCUCGGCAUGGUUGGAGUUGCCGCCGCCGCCGUCGCCCCUGCAUAUGGCCCUCCUGCGCCUAAUGCUGCCCCCCCUGCGCCUGAAGCUGCUCCGGCGUACGGUGCACCACCACCACCACCUCCUCCUGCUCCUCCUGCGCCUAAUGCUGCUCCCGCGUAUGGGGCUCCUCCUCCUCCUCCUCCGCCUGCUCCUCCAGCGUACAGUGCUCCCUCGUCUGUCGCUGCUCCAACGGAAACCAGCACCUAUGCAUGCAACCCUGCCCACGCCUACCCAGAUGGUGCCAUGUGCGUUUCCACCGCUGGCGCCCUCACUCUCGUCACUCCCACUUCGACCCACGCUGUUGUUGUCCCUGAGACUCACAUCUCCACUUCUGAAUCUUCGACUCUUAUGACGUCGGCCACAACUGCACCCGCACCCGCUUCUAGCGUCGUCGCCCCGACCUCAGCAAUGAACGCCCCAUCAUACAACACGACUGCUCCCACCGGCACCGCUGUCUCUCCCAUCUUCCCUGCUGGCAACGCCACGAUGCCCUCAAAUGGAACGGGAUCUUCCUCUCCACCUCCUCAGUACACCGGUGCUGCUGUCACGAAUGUUGUUAGUGGUGCUCUCGCCGGCGUUGUCGGCGUGUUUGGUCUUCUUUUCUUGUGA